AUGGCCUUCUUCUCCCAAUCCGGCCUUUCGCCACUCUUCCUCCUCAACAACUACGAGGCUCAAAACCAAUACAACUCUCGCCAAUACCCUAAGUCCUACAAGUGCUCCAAGCUCCAAGCACGCAGCCCCUCCUUCGCACCCGCAUUUGACGUGCGCGAGUUGACCCAUGCCUACCACCUCGACGGCGAGCUCCCAGGUGUGGACCAGAGCAACAUCGAGAUCGAAUUCACCGAUCCACACACACUCGUGAUCAAGGGCCACACAGACCGUGACUCCAUUAAUGACGACAGCAACAAUGACGGUGCCAGCUCAAGCCGCAGCGCAUCUCCUGCAGGCUGGCACCAAGCCACCGUUGAAGACGAGGACGCAGAAUCGACUAGCUCAGCUGACACCGCUGCUUCUAAUGCUCCUUCGAAACCCGCUGGGGAUGACCAGCCUCAUUUUUGGGCCAAGGAGAGGUCGAUCGGUGAUUUCCAGCGCACUUUUAGCUUCACCGCACGUGUUGAUCAGGAUAAUGUCCGCGCGAGUCUGAAGAAUGGUGUUUUGUCUGUCGUUGUACCGAAAGAGGCGGUUCCUACGCCGAAGAAGAUUCGCAUCCUAUGA